AUGUCUAUGGGCAUCAUGCGUAAAAUGACGUUAAGUGCCAUGAAAAUAUUAAAUUUACGAAUUUACGAUGACGAUACCGAUACCGAUAACAAUAACGAUGACGAUAUCGAAAAUGAUGACGAUGCCGAUAACGAUGACGAUAUCGAAAAUGAUGACGAUGACGAUGACGAUGACGAUACCGAUAACAAUAACGAUUACGAUAUCGGAAACGAUGACGAUGACUUGACGAUGACGAUGACGAUGACGACGACAAUAAUGAUGUCGAAUAAAGAUGAUAAUAACGAAAGCGGUAACGUUAACGAUGUAGAUGACGAUGCCAAUAACGGUAGCGAUCACGAUCACGAUGAAAAUGCCGACAACGAUAACGAUGACGAUGAAACGAUAACGAUGCCGGUGCCGAUGAUGAUUCCGAUGACCAUGGCGGUGCGGAUUACUGAGACGAUGUCGAUGCCGAUACCGACAACAAUGGCGAUAACGACGUCAAUUGAAACGGAAUGGCGAAACGCCAGCGCUUGA